CGACGUGAAGCGGGUGAAUGUAAGAGAUGGAUAUGGGGGAAGUAGGAGAAGGGAGGGGGGGGGGAGAGCGAGAUAGUCGGGCGGCGGCGGUGCACCGGCAAAAUGCCUCCGCGCCUUCAUUCCUGGCUCGGUGGCGCACCUGCCCUAGCCUCUCGUGACGUCACUCAUGACGACACAACCGAUGCGACGUUCUUCUUGCCUCCCCGCGGCCACGACCAGGGCGGCACCCCGCGUCGGCGGCCGCAAACAUUGAUCGCAGUCUGCCGGCUGACACGCUCGGCCUCGGACGGAGGAGACGCUGUCGUCGUUCCUCUGCCUGAGCUCGGGGCUUCUCCGCAUAGCAGAGCCCGCCGACGAUCCCGCGCCUCCUUCGCAGCUGCUUGCCUUUUCGCGGCCUUCGUCAUCGCCGGCGCCUCCCGCUUCCGCGCGGCGACAGCGAGCAGUGCCGGCUGCAAUGCGAAGCGCCUCGGCGCGCGUCAUUGACGAAACGCGUGGUCUUCCGUUGCUGUCCUGAGCGCUGCACUUUUCUUGCUGUACAGGUUUGAGCACCUGCCUUGCGUCGCGCUACCGUCUGAAGCGCCAUCCCCACCGUGGGAAGUGAGGGUGCUGCUGGGCGCGUGUGCUUGAUGCUACAACGUCUGCUCGUCCCCGGAUAAUUCCGUUUUUUUUUUUUGUUUUUUCUUGGCACCGCUUCACCGGGGCCACGGACUGUAAUUUUGUGAUCGGUGCUCAUCCCAGUGCUGCCGGAAGUGGCGCGUCGUGUUGGGCAAGCGUUCAAGGUGUCGUGGAGAUGUGAACACUCGAAAGAACUUCGAAAAGGUUCUGGAUUAACGUAACUAUCCCUCACCGGCUGGGGUGGCACAUUGACGGACCACUGGGAUUACCGCCAGCGUGAUGGCUCAGUGACUGUCGUCGUCCUGUGCAAAACGUCCGAGUCACGUUGCUGACGGCGACCGUCUGCAAGCACGUUCCGUCUGCAAAACGUGGAUAGCCUCCUCUUCUCAGACAGCCGUAAACGUGCUUAACUGUCACGUGCUGGUGAUUGCCCCUCAGCGCUCUGCGACACUCUCACAAGCAAUUCAUACCUUGUGCUCGUCAGCCCGUGCGUUGCGACAUUAGAACUAGGCUGCUUGCGUAUGUUACACGGCACCUUUGCCCUCUAUUUUUAGCUGGCAUCUGAUGCUCAGAGGUGCAGCAAAGCGCGGAACGUUGCUGCUGAACAUUACGCGGUAGGUGACGGAUAAAGGGAGUUUCUCACGUUCUUGCAAGGUGGAAGUGCGAGCACGAUUGGAUAACACUAUGAAGCGUUCCUGGGUGCUCCUGGAGCCACUGUUGCUGUGCCUCGUCGUCGGGUUUGAAGUGAAGGGGACGCAGCUGACAGACACGACGGAGACAGCACCCACGGCAACCAAGGCAUCGCUAGUCCUGCCCGGACCAGGGAUGUCGGAGGCGACCCGCACAGAGCGCAGCUUUCGUUCGGCGGAUCCGGCCUCGCCGAGCAGUGCCGACGAGCGGCGUGCCGAGGCGACCUCGUCGGGGAGCCCGCCGUCCGCACUUCCUCCGCCAGGCAGCGCGUCUCUGGUCACGGGUGUGGGAGGCAGCGGCGAGCCUCCGUCCCGGCCGAGCGCGUACUGGGACGACCCCCACUUCAGGCCCCGCUUCGACAACAGCACCGAGCGGAACGUCACCGCGCAGCUGGGCAAGUCCGCCUUCCUGCACUGCCGGAUCCGACAGCUCGGCGACAGGACGGUGUCGUGGGUCCGGCAGCGUGACCUGCACAUCCUGACGGUGGGCACGUACACGUACACGUCGGACCAGCGGUUCCAUUCAAUCCACCUGGAAGGAUCCGAGGACUGGACGCUCGAGAUUCGCUACACGCAGAAGUGGGACGCCGGCGUCUACGAGUGCCAGGUCUCUACCGAGCCCAAAAUGAGCCUGAACAUCUCGCUGUCCGUAGUCGUGGCAAAGGCACGCAUACCGGAGGGCAGCAACCUGUACAUCCAGAGCGGCAACACCAUCAACCUGACGUGCGUGGUGACGGACACACGAACGCCGCCAGUGUACGUCUUCUGGUACCACGAUGACCGCAUGAUCAACUACGACUCGAGCCGUCGGGAGGGAAUUCGCGUCGUCACCGAACGGGGACCAGCCACCACCGUCUCCAGGCUCCAGGUUCUUGACGCAGCCACUCGGGACUCUGGCAACUACUCGUGCAUACCAUCUUACGCAGACCCUGCAAACAUCACGGUGCACGUGCUCAACGGCGAGAAGCCGGCGGCCAUGCAGCACGGACGCCAGGGCAACCUGGCCGAGCGGUCGCUGUCGUCGCUGCUGCUGGUGUCGGCGGUGCUGCUCCUACACCGGCUCUUCUCGUACUUCGUGGUGCACAGAUAGUGCGACGGACACCGGGACCUUCCUCGCGCCUCCACCAGGCCCCGCCCUCGGAAGAAGCCGAACCACCCUUGAAUCGCGUGUAACGUGCACGGACCAAAACGGCGCCGUCGUUCGUCGACUUUCUUCGCGUACCACCACCGGCUCUCGAGCCCGCGAGAAGAAGACGCCGGACGGAGUCGCCACCGCGGGCGCGUCUGUCGCUGCGCGUUCGGCGGGUGCCGCCCAGCUUGGCGCAGCUGUGGCGCUCUCUUUAUUCGCUCCGGGGCGCCGCUCACGAACUGUGCGCCAGGGGGUCUAAGCAAGCGUGCUUGCGUGACAACUUCUUACCGCGACGGUGCAAAUAUCGCGCUUGACGUGACGCACAUGAACGAGUAUAAAGGGCCGAGGUUUAGUCCCUGAUGGAUGUGAACGAUGAAGACAAAAAAGAACCGAAUCUAGGGUACUGACCCUUAGUGUACUCGGCACCGGCGGGCACCGCCGCCACCUCGAAUGUUCAGAAACAGGGCUCGUGUCGCCAUGUGGUCAGUCUGUUCGAGUGCUUCGUUCGUGUUUAUGCUAUACAGUUUACUUGCUAAUUGCGCGCAAGCGUUGCUGUUGGAUCUCAUCACUAGACACUCUUCGAACAGUCACAAGAAGGAAAACCAAGAAAACCUCGCCUAUCGAAUCUUCCGUCGAAUGUGGCCGCAAAAUCUGGUCGCGCUGCUCUCGUCACAACUCUUCGGGCAAGCGCCACCUAUCUGUCGCUUCUGGCAAGGACCCGAGCGCGACGAUGCUGAGUUUUUCAAUACCAGUGGGACGUUAACAUUCCUGGCCGAAGAACAGGUUUCUUUACAAGUACUAUUUAUUUUUGGACCGUGAAGUGCACGUUAACUAACACGGGGACCCAGGAUAUUUAGUUCCUUUCAGUACGCAUGUUGCGAGAAAAACAACGGCUUACAUGGGAACGUCCUUAAUUAAACGCAAAAAAAGAGACACAACAAAGCCAAGCGUACUGCAGAAAGAUUUUGGGUGAUGUUACGAAACUAAAACAGUCUACUUUUGUGGAAACUCGCAAACUUCGUACGCGUAGAUUUCUUGGAGAGUAUCAGCUAGAGAUGUCGUGUACCAUGUUCCCUGAUAAAGAUGAUGAGCAUCCUUUGAGAAUAGAAACGUGUAGAUUGAAUGGCCAAGGGAAAGUCACAGUACAGUUAACGAAACAGCACGCGACGUCUACCCUCCUCUCUGAGUAACAUGCGUUCUCUUGUCAGAAGAUGUAGUGAGGUAGGUGAGACCCCAUAAGGAAGGAUACCCUCCGAGUUUUCUCGAGUGUGGUGAGCCUAUGCGUGAUGUUUCAGCUUUAUGGUGUGUGUUUUCCAUGAACACUUUUCCGAAAGAACUUUGCCAUCGUUAACAUCGCCACUCACGCGCAUUUAAUCAUCGGCUUAACGCAUGUUCAACGAAAAUAAUGAGUACAUGCGCUCUUAGCACACCUGUCUCGAAACAAGCCUUUUUUGGUAGCUCAGUGUGCUCAAGGCUUUGUUUGGCCCUAAGGACCCUUGUCGCCGCAUUUUAUCUUUGCUUUUUGUUUUUGUCAAUGUAGGUUAUAUUUUGUAUCGGUUUGCAUCACUGUCUGCGCUUUUAUUUGUUGCUGUAAGUUGUAAUUUGUCGAACGAGAUUCAUGUCUUUACUCCGCCGGACAAGUAUAUGUGGAGCUUCUGCUUGCUCCGAAACAUUCUAGUCACUAUGACAGAAACAUUUUCGUUCAUCUCACCAGAGGUAUGUCAUUUUCAGAUGUUGCAUGAUACACUAUUUUAUCACAUCGUGAACGUUUCUACGAAAGAAAGUGUAGCAAGAAAGUAGCUUGUCCACGACCAUCCCCUCUAGAGCAUAAAUGCAUUGUCUCCGUAUGGGCACACAACAGCAGACGAAUUUUAAGUCUGCCGACAAACAGAUCCUUAGUGGUCAAUUUCUGGCAGCGCGUAUGCAUUUCGGAGUAGUAAACGUGCUGUUAAAUGUUCUGUGGCAUGCAAUGUCGACGACACAUUGCAUCCGAAACAAUUUCUCAAAUCUAGCGGCUUAAGCUUAAAGGGCAACGAACGUAUGCCUCUUCAAACGACACACUUGCUUUAUCACAUGUUCCCCAACAGGAGCCAAACGAAACAAAAAUAAAUCAAUAUUGAGAGCUUUUAUUUCGCCAACGCAUGCAUCUAGCAUGGCGGUGCACUUUCAGUUAAACUGCAACAGCUAGUUCACCGCACUCCAGCUGAAGUAGGUAGCGCCUCGAUUUGUUCCAACAACUCCAGGGCGUGUCACAUAUUCUCAGGUCCUCGGAGUUUAUAAAAUAUAUACCACCAAAAGGCAUGUAAUGAAGCGCUAUCAGGAUGUACGCACCCAAUAUUGCGAAGCGGUCACGUGCAUUGUGGACUUUCCACCGCCAUCAGCGCUGUAAGCAGCGGUAUAUUAGGCGUCCAUAUUUAUGAUCUCGCAACUCUUACUAUCGUGCACAGAAAGAACCCUCCGCGUCAGCUGAGAGGUCGCGGGUUCGGUCCCAACCUCCACAUUCCGAUGGAGGCGCAAGGCAAAAACGCUAUGUCUUAGGUACACGUUCAAGAACCCCAGGUAGUGAAAAUGAAACCCGUGUCCCACAUUACGGCGUAACUCAUAAUUAGAUCGUGGUUUUGGCAUGCAAGAUGCCAAAGUCUAAUUUUAUUUGUGCAUAGAACAUCUAGUGCUCAUUUUUGUAUGUUCGUGAAUAACGAGACCGCGCCUUGUGUUUACAUGCGUGCGCGACAUCAGCUCGGCAAGAAGCACCGUCAUGUUGAAAAACGCGUUCCUCAAGUACGCUAGGUGGCGGUUGCGUAUUAUCCAAACAAAAACCACUCAACAGAUCGCUAUUCUUGGCGAGGGCCAUGUAGCAGAUUACUAUAAUGAAUAGAGUUUGAUUAAAUUGCUUGUUCAAAACGACACUUUCAUGCACCCAUGUGCACCUUCCCUCCCUAUAACAGCAGCUUCGACUUUCAAACACUUUGUGUUGUUGCGCUCAUAGCACCGUGAAUCUUGGCCACUCCGCCUCAACUUGCUUACUGAACUGGUCGCGUUCUCUGACUCAGAAAAGUGUUAGUCGUUCCAAAUCGGCAACCGAAUUUAAUUGCUACAGGAGUGUACACGCAGAGUUGUUGUAGACAAAACUCGGCUGAUAGUCACCCCAAGUUUCCGCUUGCCUUUUGUUCCCGAAAAAAAAAAAGUGCUCCUUCGUCGUUGAGCAGGCGGCUAUGCCGCACAGUGUUCCCGAAGUCACCACUCAAAGUGCACGAUGGGCGGCUGUGACGACGACUGCGCUGGCCAACCACGUGGGAGAGACACAGUGGUGCGGCCGCGCUUGUGGCGCCAUUGCUUUGGACGAAUCGAAGGCUGUCGUCGCAAAGGCGUCCGGUCACCUGUGUGAGUGUGCGUGCGUAAUUGUGUUGUUGCCACUGCAUCCCCUGUGCCACCUACUUCCUCCGAGAUGAGCGGCACCGCCGCGUCGGUUCAUUAAUUAGUCUGAAAGGGUGGAGCGCAAGAAGACAGCGGAAGCGAAGACACGCGCAAGCGAUGCAGCCCAAGUCGUGGACGAAUAAAAAGGGCAGCCUAGCGCAGGCAGCCAUUGUUUGAACAGGA